GCAGGCCGCACACCAUGUGAGCCUCCACCGCGUCCACUCACAACCCCAACUUGUUGAUACACAAAUACGUGAUUUCACCUUCUAUAAACACUCGGACACUUGGAAAAAUUAUCGCGCGCCCUACCGCGCGACUUUAAAAAGUUGCGACUUAGUUUGCUGAAGUUUUUUCGGAAGCGCUUUUGAGAUUCAAGAUGUGGCGACUGAUCCCCAUGCUCUUGCUUGCCGCCGUGACCCUGUCGACAGGCGUGCUGCUGCCGCGACUGCCGCCGCUGCAGCCGGGCCCCGACCCCGCCGCCGACUCCCCUAUUGAUACACAUAGCACACUAACCGAAUGCGACGUCCUCAGGAGGCUAUUCAACAGUGAGGCCAACUGGAUGUUCGACACUGACAAUAAACAGUACAACGACUAUGUCACCAAGGGGGCGGCUAAUCUCCACCAUGAUAAUUAUAAAGACACAUAUCAACUUCAACCCCAAGCUUUGGAUCAGAACUAUUUACACGAGCAAAACCCUGAUGAGGAACCCCUCCACUAUGAAUUACCUCUACCAACUAUAAAAACGUUGUAUUUGCGAAACAAAGACGUAAUCAUACGGGACGAUCAAGCUUACUAUAUGUACGAUACGUAUAUGGCAACGACGAGUCCUUUUGAUUAUGUCCAAAAUCAUCAGAACUGCCUGUAUAAAGCUAUGGCAAGGCCUUCAUCACAUGACCUAGAUACAAGUAUUUUAGAAUGGCCAGCUGAACAAAAACUGAAUACGCAGGAAGUUAUGCCCUUAGUAGAACAAGUGGGUAAAAGAUUCGACUCAGAAGAAACGGGUGAAAAAGAAAUCCCUGACAUGGUAUUAAACGCAGGUGAAACAGGGGAGGUCCAAAAGAAGUUGUUCUCGUUCUGGAGCCGGCUGCAGGCGCUGUCGCACAAGGGGCGGCAGCUGCCCACUCGCCGGCACACCUUCGCCUUCUACGGGCCCGACGACACGCGGGACGGGCCCCUCACCGCCGAGACGCGCGCCUCGCACCUGCGCCCGCCCGGCCAGCCUCUCCGGUGGGGCUAAACACCCCAAACGAUUCAGUGUUCACAUCCAUCGGCCAACCAACACAAAGUACCUGACCCAUAUAAGGCCCACCUUAUUUAUUUUAAACACAAAAAGCUAGGUAUUUUUAGAAAACUACAACAAUAUUUAUUUCUUUUACAAGGGGGCAAAGUUGUUAUUUAACCGUACGUGCCAAUAUUGA